AUGAGUAGCACUACCACGCCAAGCAUAGAGCUGGGAACUGUUGUCAGCCAGCGGUUUCGGAUCGAAAAGAAGAUUGGCGCGGGUAGUUUUGGCGAGAUUUAUGUGGCGUAUGACUUGAAUCGACACCAGCACGUUGCAGUAAAGACCGAACCUCGGGCAUCAAAGCAUCCACAAAUCCACUAUGAAGCGAAGAUUUACAAGCUGCUUGCGGGCGGAAGAGGUUUCGUUUGUUGGAGGGGCCUUUGCCGAGCUUUUGCGUUGUGUUUGGAUGUAUAGUAAAAUACGAAUCGUCUUCUUCGCAUGAAAUACAUAAGCCUUGGCCUUCUAAAUAUCGAUAUCGAAAGUAAAAACUAAAACUUAAACUAAUGCGGAAUUAGUAGGUAGUUACUGUGAACAAGAUUUUAAAUCAAUGCUCAGGUAUUCCGACACUUCACUGGCACGGGAUCGAGGGGCAGUGGAACGUCUUGGUGUUGGAUCUUCUCGGGCCGUCGCUGGAAGAGGUUUUCACAUACUAUCCGGAGUAAAAACGUCCCCGUAGUCAAGAAGGGAAUAAAUCUGCGGUAAGCAAAUUCAGAAGGUUUUUGAGCUCCGUGACAACUCUAAUCGUGCUGGGUUACAUCAAAAGCCGGGUCACGACAAAUUCAAAGUGGCGUUGUCAUGGAAUCGCGCAUGAGAGACAUCCGGAACAGGGACACUUGCAUGACAAAUUUGGGGUCAUGUUGCAUAGGCGCGCCAAGCCAUCUGCCGCCAUUGCAAAGGCAAAGACUACAAAGUGUGCUUCAUUUUGUUCUUGGACCUGACACAUUUGGUGCGGGGACGUUUUUACACAGGACAUCCACUAUCGAAGGCGGUUGUCGCUGAAGACCGUGCUGUUGUUGGCCGAGCAAAUGAUUGACCGCAUGGAGUACAUGCACAAGAAAAACUACAUCCACCGCGACGUAUCAAAUGCAAAAAUGUCUGGGUCUGGAAGGUUGCAACUUGUGAUGCUGCAUUUGGAUUCCAAAAAAACUUGUAUUGCAUGAGCAGCAAAGAGAAUGCAAUUUUUGCUACGCAGAGAGGACAUUUGUCAUGCGGACUAGGCAUUAAGAUGCCCUCAAAGAAUCUGUGAUGCUAGGGCAUGCAUCACCGACAUCAUGGGUCAUGGAAAACCUGCAUGACAAGUCUCAGAAUCUUCCAGACCUAGACAUUUUUACAUUUGAUACGACAUCAAACCCGACAAUUUCGUGUACCACAACGACCUCAUUUACCUGAUCGACUUCGGGUUGGCGAAAAAGUACCGCUGCCCAAAAACGCACGAGCAUAUCCCGAUGAAGACGGGUAAAUUUUAUUUUUUCCACGUCGGAUUUGCAACUGCAUAGUACUAAACUAGUAGUAAGUUGUACUACUUGAUGUUGGUUCACAGCAUAAACACCACAAGAUUUUUCAUGUUGGAUUGCACGGCUCUCUUUAUAUUUUUGUGCGGGACAUUAUCGAUGUUAGUUGGAAUUAUGACACGCGCAGGUAAAAAUUUGACCGGGACGGCACGAUACGUGAGUGUGAACACCCACUUGGGUGUGGAGCCGAGCCGUCGCGACGACCUGGAGAGUUUGUGCUACGUCUAUUACAAUGAAAAAUGCCCCCACCCCCGAACUUGGGGGCAUUUGUAUUGCAAACCUUUCCAAAUGAAACAUUCGCCCUCUUGCAUCUAUCAGCAUCACAGGGUUCCAAUCGUGAAUAGCAAAAAUUUGUACUGCAAAAGACCCCAGCAAGAUCGGCGCUUGUCAUGCAAACGAUACGCUACAGGCCUAGACUCUGCAUCAGAAAGAUUCAUACUCCUUUCAUGCAUGAGAAAAAGUUUUCAUUUGGAAACUUCGCAUCACAAAUUUUUGCAAUUUCAGGGGGGGGGCACUUUUCAAUGUAAUAACGUCUGGAUGUAUUUCCUGCGCGGGUCUCUUCCGUGGCAGGGCCAGAAGGGCGCGAAGAAGGAGAAGUACCAGAAAAUUAUGGCACUGAAGCAGGACAUCAGCAUCGACGACCUCAUCGGGACUGGUGCGGCCAAUCAAGCAGGGGAGAAGCGCGGUACUUGAUGUGUUUUACGAAUGCUAUAGGAGAAAGGCUUUUCUAGGAUACUUAUCGACGGUAGCAACUAUAGUAGUAUGUCGAAGGUAACGUUUACGUUGCUCACGACCUUCUCGUUCUUUGUAGCUGAAAAAACCCGAAGAUUUUUAACGAAUUUUCACGGCAGAUUUCAACUCCACCUGUUCGACCAACACGUCCGAUGCGGAAAACUACUGGCUCGCAACGGGCAUGAAGUUUUCCCGUCCGCUUCCGCAGGAAUUCAAAUACUACCUGCAGUACUGCCGAAAUUUGCGGUUCACCGAUACCCCGGACUACAGCUACCUGCGAAGGCUGAUGAAGGACGUGUUCUACCGGGAAAACUUCAGCUACGACCGUCUGUUCGACUGGAUCACCGUGCCGUCCAAGUUCCAGUACGCCAAGCAAGCCGGAGAUUCCCCGGGCAAGGCGUCGCAGCAGCUCACCCCGACCGCCGCGGCAAAGCGGUUCGAAGCCGAUGAGAAGGAACGCAGGAAGGAGCGGGACUACUCCCAGCGACUGGAAUCCACGGGGGUGCUGUACCGAUCGUAAGGAUCCCCCGGGUCUGUAUCUUGUUGUUGUAUCUAUGGCAUCUAUGAAAAUUGUAGGGUCGUGUAUCGUGCUGUCAAAAUAAAUGGAUAUUGUAGAAAAUGUCACUUGAAUUAUCCCCAUGAAUGUUGAAUGUCGAUUGUUAAAUGCUAGGAGGGCAGUUUAGGUUUGCAUGUCAUCGAUUGUGCAAUAGCAUUUUCCAACAAGCACCGCGUUGCUUGUUCAAUGGAAUUUUUUCAAUCUUCGUUUCAAAAAAAUGACAAAAAGUUUCCACUUGUGUUUCUGUUUUUGUUGUAGCAAUUCCACUUCAAUAGUACCGCUUUAUGGAGACCGUCGUUGCCCAUUGCAAUUUAGAAAAACUGUACAAUGAUUUUUUAGACUGAACAACUUUCACCCUUACUGUACCUAUUUUUUACCGAAUUCACGUAUUUUUGUCUUUACGCUUAUUUCCAAUUUCACACUUCUUCACUUUGACUUUGAUUUUCAUCUAGCUGUCUUUUACAUUUCGUGCGCGCAAGAGCACCAAAUGUCUACGGAGGGAUCCAUAUCUUUAAAAAUCCGACGCAUUCGUAGCAUCACUUUCGUUUGGUAAUCCGCUGUGUGACACGUUAUUUCCGAGAAGAGGAAUACCUAACUGUGGUCUUGUAUCUUCAGCCGUUCAAUUGUCUUUGUCGCCCUCCUGUAAUAAUUUUUUCUAGCUUGUCUUUCUCUUUCCUUAAUGCUCGGGGGGCACUUUCGAAACAAUCCGACUGUACUUCUACCAUUUGCAUCUACUUUGGAAGGGUUUUCAACACUGGAUGGAAAAAAUUGUUAAUUUGCGCAAGCCGGAGCACGGAGAUAUUGCGAGCGAACUCCAUUUCGGAAAACGAAAGGGAGAUAAAGCGAGGAAGCAAGAAGUGCAGCGCUCCGCUUUCACCAGCGAUAGGAGACAAAUUUUCAGGCUUCUAAACACUGUACCAACGCUUGGUUGCUAUCGAUCACCGAAAGCCGUAAAAAUCUCUUAGCUCUUUGUGAUGCUCCCUUGUUGUUGCGCUUGGUCGCACAAGGAACCCUCUGGGCCGUGUUUUUAUUUUUCUUGUCCGUUUCAUUUUCG